AGUAUUUAGCCUAAUUUAAUUUAAGCUUUUCUACUGAACGAGCCCCCGCCGCGUUCUACUGAUCAGGCACACCAGAUCAAUCUGUCUUUCCUUCUGGCAACCAUCAUCAUCGCACAACAUGGCUUCCACUUCUGCAACAUUACCCUCUGCAACCACUGCUCCUACCACAGGACCACCACUUCCGCCCAACAGUACAAGACUUCCACAAACGGCACAAUUAGAUGCUCUUUUAACUAUCAUUCGCGAUAAAGGAACGAGUAGAAGUGAUUUCAUCUUUUAUUCCGAUCGAAUUAUUCGACUUUUGGUAGAAGAAGGUUUAAAUCAUCUUCCAACACUUGAAAAAACUGUUCAAACGCCAACAGGAUUGCCGUACAAAGGCGUUUCGUUCGAAGGAAGAAUUUGCGGUGUUUCAAUCUUACGUGCGGGAGAAGCAAUGGAAAGUGGAUUACGUGAAUGUUGUAGAAGUGUAAGGAUUGGUAAAAUUUUAAUUCAACGUGAUGAAGAAACUGCAAAACCAAAGCUUUUCUAUGCAAAAUUACCAGAAGAUAUUUCUCAACGAUGGGUUCUUCUCUUGGAUCCAAUGUUGGCAACGGGUGGAUCUGUAAUGCAAGCUAUUGAUGUUUUACUGCAACAAGGCGUUCCACAAGAUCGGAUCUUGUUUUUGAACUUGGUUGCAAGUCCAGAAGGAUUACAAGCCGUUUACAAGAAAUUUCCACAAGUGCGUGUCAUUUGUGGCUGGGUAGAUGAUGGCUUGGAUGAGAACAACUAUAUUGUCCCAGGGUUGGGAGAUUUUGGGGACAGAUACUGGUCUUCUUGAACGGAAUGGAAAAACACACAGCACACACAAAAAUCAUAUUCGUA